UCCGCCAACACACACGUUGGGGAGAGGCAGUGAUAAAUAAGAAGGGGGAAAAGAGUCCAGCGUCUCUCGCACACAGCAGGCUCAAGUAUUAUGUGUUUUCUUCAGCAGAAUCAGCACCAUGAAGACCCGACUAGGCUGCCUGUCCAACAAAUCGGACUCCAACAGCGACUUCUCUGAGUUCCUGCCUCCUGCCCACGAAACCACUGCCAGGUGUCUCAAAGUUUCAACGGAUGAGGUUGUUCGGUGGUCCGAAUCGUUUGAUCAUCUCCUCUCUCACAAAUAUGGCCUGGCUGCCUUCCGGACAUUUCUCAAGUCUGAGUUCAGUGACGAGAAUAUCGAGUUCUGGAUGGCUUGCGAGGAGUACAAGAAAAUCAAAAGCUCAACCAAGCUUGUGUCCAAAGCAAACAAGAUCUUUCAGGAGUUCAUCGAUAUUCAGGCACCCAGAGAGGUAAACAUUGACUACCGCACCAGAGAAAAGACUAAGCAGAGCCUGGAGGAUCCGUCCCCAACCAGCCUCAACGAAGUCCAGGCUAAAGUCUACAGCCUCAUGGAGAAAGACUCUUACCCACGAUUCCUCAGGUCCAAGAUGUACCAGGAAAUAAUAAACCGGGCUAACGCUCAAGGUCAGCGGAGGUCUGUUUGAAUCUGAUGAAGACCACAGACGACGUCAAACUGGACCUACACUGUAAAUCCCGAGUUAACCCUUUGACAUCAUCUCUGAAUACUGUGAAUCUGCAAGGAUGGGGCGACAUGCUUGACUGUUUCCUGUUGUCUACACCAGCUCCAUGCAUGAAACCUCUCGAGAAACAAAGUGUCUUGGUGGACUGCACUCUUCAAGAAGAGAUUUGAUAAGGAUAAGCUAAUUGUUUACCUCCAGUUAGUGCUGGGCGAUAUGUCUUUAAAUAAAUAAUCACAAUAAUAAAAGAAAAGACUUACGUGAUAGUUAUAUUUAUGACGAUAUACACUAUUUUAGGAGAUAUCAGACACAGCCAAUGCUUGGGGAACAAAACAUAUACUUGACUUAAAGGUAUUUAUUUCAUGAGGAAAUAAAUAUGUCGGGGGAUAAAUAUCAUGACGGUUUUAUCGCCCAGCACUACCUUUACUUAUCUUAAGUUCUUUAGGAAAUAGACACCGUCGUAUGCAGGUGGCUAGAUCAAUAGGGUAGUUUGUGUGUUUACGUUGACCAAUGAAGUGAGUGAACACCUAUUAUCUGAAACGCUGCCAAAUUAGAUUGCAAUUAGAUAUUGAUAUAACUACAUAAUCCUGUGUAUUGUAAACUCGUACAGGUAUUCUAUGUGUAUGAGGAUAGUGAAGGGUUGGGUUACUUUUUGUUUUCAAUUCACUCGUAUUCAGAAAGCAGAAAUGUGCUAUCAUCUGUGAACUUGUUUCUGUACAUGUGCGUGCGCGUGUGUACACAAUGCAUCCUGACAAUCAGUCAUUGACGACCAGGAAUAUGUGGUGAUUUAUUAUAGUUCAUUUUUUAUUAAUUAUGUAUUUAGGCCAGGUCAUUGAACUAAAUAAAACAUUUAAUAAAUGUACUCUCUUACUCAUCAACAUUAGAUUUCAAAUGACUCAAUAUUCAUGAUACUUUACUAAAAUGUAAAUUGAAAUUACAUAAUUAAUUUGGUUGAAUGUACCGCCUAAUGAGCAUGCAGUGCUUCAUUACACUAAAUAUCAAACAUUGGCCUCCUGCUAGUGGUGAAUUGAAAGCAACAGCCCCGACCCACAAAUAAUCUGAAAAACGUGUUGUGCAAAUUUCCUCAACAAUUUCUAGCAUGAUGCAAUACUCAGAAUAACCAUUUCUUUAACUUGUACAGUAUGUAAUGAAAAUGUCUGCAAAAAAUGUCAGUAACAUGACAGUGUUUGAAAUGUGCUCCCUCAGCAUUUGCACUCCUUUUUAAAAUAAGACAAUUUGAAAAGAUUUCAGGGAAGACAAAUAUUUUUCUUUAUUGCAUGUGCACCGUAAAGGCCAAACUGUUGGAAAUGCAACCAAACUGGCUGAAAAUCAUAUCACCCUAUAUGAUAUGUUACUGUGUUCCACAUAAAUGUAACCUCCCCGCUCUAUUUUGCAAUUAAAAAUUAAUCUGCAUCUAU